GCUAAAUCACCCCAUCUUGAUCAAGUGGCAAGAGUGCAACAUUCUGAGGCACCUUUAGGGAGUCAUCCCAACGGAUUACCCAACGCAGCUAUGGGCCAGAAGGCUUUGCUUGCCAAGAAGAUGGCCAAGGGAACGUGGGUAGUCGUUACGGUACCGUUAUCCCAAAUACUCUCUCAAUUGCCUCACAGUUAUCGCUCGACUGUUUCACCCACUGACAAUCUUAUGACCCCUGUUACUGCAAAGCUGAGCCAGGCGAAGAAAAAGCAUUUUGCUAAGUAAGCUAGCCCUAGGAACUGUGGAGCGCGUUGGUGACCAUACUCAACGAUGAUCACCUACUAGCCCUGGACUUAUAAAACCGCUUACUUUCAGUGGAACCAACUUUGCGGAUAAUGAUGAUUAGGACGAUCCCUCUAUAAUAGCUGUUUGUGCACUCACCAGCCUCCGG